UUGCUCAUUCAGUUCUAGGCACCGUGCCCAGGAUGACCUGGGAGCUGCACCUGCUGCUUCUGCUGGGGCUGGGACUUAGGUCCCAGGAGGCCCUGCCACCACCCUGUGAGAGCCAGAUCUACUGCCAUGGAGAGCUCCUGCACCAAGUUCAGAUGGCGCAGCUCUACCAAGAUGACAAGCAGUUUGUGGAUAUGUCACUGGCCACAUCUCCAGAUGAAGUCCUGCAGAAGUUCAGUGAGCUGGCCACGGUCCACAACCACAGCAUCCCCAAGGAACGGCUUCAGGAAUUUGUCCAGAGUCACUUCCGGCCAGUGGGGCAGGAGCUGCAGUCCUGGACCCCUGAGGACUGGAAGGACAGCCCUCAGUUCCUGCAGAAGAUCUCGGAUGCUAAGCUGCGUGUCUGGGCGGAGGAGCUACACAAGAUCUGGAAAAAGCUGGGAAAGAAGAUGAAAGCAGAAGUCCUCAGCUAUCCCGAGAGGUCCUCCCUAAUCUACUCAAAGCACCCCUUCAUUGUGCCCGGGGGGCGCUUUGUUGAAUUCUACUACUGGGACUCCUACUGGGUGAUGGAAGGCCUGCUUCUUUCUGAGAUGGCCUCAACAGUGAAGGGUAUGCUGCAGAACUUUCUGGAUCUGGUGAAGACCUACGGACAUAUCCCCAACGGUGGACGCAUAUAUUACCUGCAACGGAGCCAGCCCCCACUCCUGACUCUUAUGAUGGAUCGAUAUGUAGCUCAUACCAAGGAUGUUGCCUUCCUUCAGGAGAAUAUUGGGACUCUAGCCUCUGAACUGGACUUCUGGACUGUGAACAGGACUGUCUCUGUAGUCUCAGGAGGACAAAGCUAUGUCUUAAAUCGCUACUAUGUCCCUUAUGGGGGACCCAGGCCAGAGUCCUACAGGAAAGAUGCAGAAUUGGCAAACUCUGUGCCGGAAGGGGACCGAGAGACUCUGUGGGCUGAGCUCAAGGCUGGGGCUGAGUCUGGCUGGGACUUCUCUUCACGCUGGCUUGUUGGAGGCCCAGACCCUGAUUUGCUUAGCAGCAUCCGAACCAGCAAAAUGGUACCCACUGAUCUGAACGCGUUCCUGUGCCAAGCAGAGGAACUGAUGAGUAACUUCUACUCCAGACUAGGAAACAACACAGAGGCCACAAAGUACAGGAACCUGCGGGCCCAGCGCUUGGCCGCCAUGGAGGCUGUCCUGUGGGACGAGCAGAAGGGUGCCUGGUUCGACUACGACUUGGAAAAGGGGAAGAAGAACCUGGAGUUUUAUCCCUCCAACCUCACCCCACUCUGGGCUGGCUGCUUCUCAGACCCUAGUGUUGCUGACAAGGCUCUGAAGUACUUGGAGGACAGCAAGAUCUUGACCUACCAAUAUGGAAUCCCAACCUCUCUUCGUAACACAGGCCAGCAGUGGGACUUCCCCAAUGCCUGGGCCCCACUGCAGGAUCUGGUCAUUAGAGGUUUGGCCAAGUCAGCUUCCCCCCGGACUCAGGAGGUGGCUUUCCAGCUGGCCCAGAAUUGGAUCAAAACCAACUUCAAAGUCUACUCCCAAAAGUCAGCGAUGUUUGAGAAGUAUGACAUCAGCAACGGUGGACAUCCAGGUGGAGGAGGGGAGUAUGAAGUUCAGGAAGGAUUUGGCUGGACAAAUGGAUUGGCCCUGAUGCUUCUGGAUCGCUAUGGUGACCAGUUGACUUCAGGGACCCAGUUAGCUUCCCUGGGACCCCACUGCCUAGUGGCUGCCCUUCUUCUCAAUCUUCUGCUACAGUGACAAGGACAAGAAUGGACUCACUGCCUGCGCUUUCUCCCCUGGUCCCAGCUCGUGGUUCAUUAAACCCUUGCUCUCCCUACCUUCUAGCCCCUCCACCCUGCCCCUUCCUGCUCACGGUGUUCUGAGCCAAGAAGUGACCAAGAGGUCAAGAUUGUAAUUUUCACAAGGGCAGAAACUGAAUCCUGAUAUUUAAAGUAUGCUAUCGGGUACCAAAUAUAGCCCAGACUUC